UUAAAUAAUGAAUUUGAAGCUCAUAUGAGAAGCGUAUAUUUGACGUUGAGCGAAACCAGUAUAUAAAUACUGCAGGCCGCUAAUAAUGUGAAACGGCGAUGCCCAGUAGAAGAAAAUUGGAUAUCAAGACUGUUGGUACAUAAAAUAUAGUAUGGAGUUCAUCAACAAUAAUACUACUAGUAUUGUUUCAGUGUGUUUUGCUCAACCACAUCAAUAUCAUCAUCAUGCUUGUGCAGAUUCAGAUGAACAACCACCCAAACACAACAGCCCCUUCUACUUAACACCAUGGGAUCUUUAUUUCAUCAAUUCCCAGAAUCAUACCCAGAAAGGCCUUCUCUUUGCCAAACCAUGUGAAUCCGAUCAAUUCAUUAUAGAUUCCCUAUUGGAUAGGCUGAAGCACUCUCUUUCCCUGACUGUCACCCAUUUCUAUCCCCUUGCAGGACGAAUUAGAACCAUCCAACAUGAAAAUGAGAAUGGGAAUGAAAACCUUGUUUCGUAUUAUUCCUUCUACGUGGACUGCAAGGACAGCCCUGGAGUCAAAUUCAUCCAUGCGACUUCAGAUUUGACAAUAUCAGACAUCAUAUCGGCGCCUGAUGAUAUUGUUCCAAGAUCUGCAAUACGAAAGUUUUUCCACGACGACAGAGAACUUGUAGAUCUCCAUAAGAAGAGUUUGGUUACCAUUACGGUAACUGAACUUGUGGAUGGCGUCUUUAUAGGCUGCUCCAUGAACCAUAUCGUUGCCGAUGGAAACUCUUUCUGUCAUUUUUUCAAUAUGUGGUCCGAGAUCUUUCAACAAGCACUACAUCAUCAUCAUCAACAUCAACCAAGUACUGUUGAUAUUUCACGCCCACCUGUACUGAACCCCUGGUUUCCUGAUGGUCAGGGACGACUUAUAAAAGUCCCCUUCAAUUAUGAAAAUCAAACCACGGCCUCCUCUAAAUUGCCUGAUCCAUUAGUUAAUUCUUCUCCCAAUAAAUACGGCGUCGUCAUAACCAAAAUCUUUUACUUUUCAUCAGAAACUAUAUCAAAACUCAAAGCAAAAGCCAAUGCAGAGUGUAUCAAUUGUAAUUGUACCAACAACAACAACAACAUCAUCAUCUCUUCCUUCCAGUCUCUGUCUGCAUUUCUAUGGAGGUCCAUAACUCGGGCACGUAAUCUACCGCCGCACCAAAUAAACGUUUUCAUGCUGCCGGUGAGUAACAGAUCAAAACUAAACACCUCCUCUGUCUGAAGAUUAUUUCGGAAACUCGGUGGGCAUAAUUGUCGGAUACGGGUACAUAUCUAAGAGUCGGAUUUGUCAUUUCUCAAAAUUUAGGAUACGGGGAUAAGUAUCCAAAUGAAUAUAAAGCCAUUGAUUGAGAACUGUGUAUUUUUAUUGGAAAAAUAAAUAUUACUAAAAAUUGCUAUGGAGAUUUUAGAAAAAACAAAAAAGAAAAGAGUAUUGAUUGAGAACAGUGUAUUUUUAUUGGAAAAAUCAA